GCGGCGGGGCAGGUCCUGGGCAUGAGGCCGGGCGGAGACCGGAGGGCGGGUGGCGGCGGCGGCGAUGAGCGACAUUGUGGAGAAGACGCUGACGGCGCUGCCGGGACUCUUCUUGCAGAACCAGUCGGCUAGCGGGCCCGCAGCCGCCAAGGCGUCCUUCUCCUCCCGACUGGGAGGCCUGGUCCGCGGCAUCACCGCGCUCACCUCCAAGCACGAGGAAGAGAAAUUAAUCCAGCAGGAACUGAAUAAUCUGAAAGCAACUGUUUCUGCUCCUAAUACAACUCUGAAAAUGAUGAAGGAAUGUAUGGUGAGACUUAUAUAUUGUGAAAUGCUUGGAUAUGAUGCUUCCUUUGGUUACAUACAUGCAAUCAAGUUGGCACAACAAGGAAACCUUUUAGAAAAAAGAGUAGGUUAUUUGGCUGUUUCUUUAUUUCUACAUGAAAGUCAUGAACUGUUGCUUCUCCUUGUGAAUACAGUUGUAAAGGACUUGCAGAGCACUAACCUAGUAGAAGUAUGUAUGGCACUUACUAUCGUCAGCCAGAUUUUCCCUCGAGAAAUGAUUCCAGCUGUUCUUCCAUUAAUAGAAGAUAAACUUCAACAUUCUAAGGAGAUUAUACGAAGAAAAGCUGUCCUAGCAUUAUAUAAAUUCUAUCUCAUCGCUCCUAAUCAAGUACAGCAUAUCCAUAUUAAGUUUCGGAAAGCACUUUGUGACAGAGAUGUUGGGGUCAUGGCUGCUUCCUUGCACAUAUACCUUAAGAUGAUUAAGGAGAAUUCAUCUGCAUAUAAAGACUUGACUGGGAGUUUUGUAACUAUUUUGAAGCAAGUGGUUGGAGGAAAACUCCCCGUAGAUUUCAAUUACCACAGUGUACCAGCACCAUGGUUACAAAUUCAGCUGUUGAGAAUACUAGGACUUCUAGGAAAAGAUGAUCAAAGGACAAGUGAAUUAAUGUAUGAUGUUCUCGAUGAAUCCUUACGAAGAGCUGAGUUAAAUCACAAUGUCACAUAUGCUAUUCUGUUUGAAUGUGUACAUACAGUCUAUUCUAUUUAUCCUAAAUCGGAAUUACUUGAGAAGGCUGCCAAGUGCAUUGGAAAAUUUGUUUUGUCACCUAAAAUAAAUCUCAAAUAUUUAGGAUUGAAGGCUCUUACCUAUGUUAUCCAACAGGAUCCCACUCUGGCUCUUCAACACCAGAUGACAAUAAUUGAAUGCUUAGACCAUCCUGAUCCCAUUAUUAAAAGAGAGACUCUGGAACUUCUUUACAGAAUUACUAAUGCACAGAAUAUAACAGUGAUUGUCCAGAAAAUGCUUGAAUAUUUACAUCAGAGCAAAGAAGAAUAUAUUGUCGUCAAUUUGGUUGGCAAAAUAGCUGAGCUGGCUGAGAAAUAUGCUCCUGAUAAUGCGUGGUUUAUUCAGACAAUGAAUGCUGUAUUUUCAGUGGGAGGAGAUGUUAUGCAUCCUGAUAUUCCCAAUAACUUUCUGAGACUGCUAGCAGAGGGUUUUGAUGAUGAAACAGAAAAUCAACAAUUAAGGCUCUAUGCAGUUCAGUCUUAUUUCACUUUACUAGAUGUGGAAAAUGUGUUCUACCCACAGAGAUUUCUUCAAGUUAUGAGUUGGGUUUUAGGGGAGUAUUCCUACCUCUUAGGUAAGGAAGCGCCAGAGGAAGUUAUAACCAAGCUCUACAAGUUACUUACGAGUGACUCCAUUUCUUCAGAAACAAAAGCCUGGAUAAUUGCUGCUGUGACCAAGUUGACACCCCAAGCACACUCUUCUAAUAUAGUUGAGAGAUUAAUCCAGGAAUUUACCACAUCUUUGGAUACUUGUUUGAGACAACAUGCAUUUGAAUUAAAACAUUUGCAUGAGAAUGUGAAAUUUAUGAAGGGCUUGCUUCCAGUUGAUAAGAGUUGUGAAGACAUGGUGGUAGAUGCUUCCUUAUCUUUUCUGGAUGGUUUUGUGGCUGAAGAACUAAGUCAGGGGGCAGCACCUUACAAACCUCACCACCAACGGCAGGAGGAAAAGCUUUCUCAGGAAAAAGUUCUCAGUUUUGAACCAUAUGGACUCUCCUUUUCUUCAUCUGGCUUCUCUGGACGACAGUCUCCUGCUGGCAUUUCUCUUGGUUCAGAUAUAUCUGGGAAUAGUACAGAUACCGGGCUAAAAGAGACAAAUAGCUUGAAGCUGGAAGGUAUAAAGAAAUUGUGGGGGAAAGAGGGCUAUCUUCCCAAGAAGGAAAGCAAAACUGGUGAUGAAACAGAAGCUCUGCCAGUUCCUCAAGAGAAUAUAAUAAUGGAGAAUGUAGAUCAAAUUAUAACAAAAAAGGAUCAAUCUCAAGUCCUUACCCAAUCUAAAGAGGAGAAAGAAAAGCAGCUGCUGGCAUCAUCAUUAUUUGUUGGACUAGGAUCAGAAAGUACAAUCAAUUUGCUAGGAAAAGCAGAUACCCUUUCUCACAAGUUCAGAAGAAAAUCAAAAGUCAAGGAAACCAAAAGUGGGCAAACAACCACUGCUCAAAAUAUGACCCGUUCUUCCUUUAGUUCUUCAUCAAAUGUGACUUAUGAAGAAGACUAUUAUUUGGAUAAUUUGCAGGAUAGAGGAGACAAAGAAGUAAAGAAAUUUUCUCUUAAUUCAGAACUUUUGGAUUCUGAGUCACUCACAGAACUGCCCUUGGUUGAGAAAAUCUCAAAUUGCAGGCUGUCUACACCCUCUUUGUUUGCUGAUAACAACAUGGAAGUUUUUCACCCUCCUCAGUCCACUGCAGCCUCACUUGCCAAUGAAAUCUCUUUAGCUUCUUCUUUGUUGGAAGAAACUACUGAACACAUGCAUUCAGAUCUUAUGGAGGUCUGUAAUAAUGAAACCAUAUCAGUGUCUUCUUACAAAAUUUGGAAAGAUGAGUGUUUGUUGAUGGUCUGGUCAGUUUUUAAUAAGAGUGCUUCAGAACUGAAAAGUGCUAACUUAGAAAUUGCUCCUGCAGAAAAUUUCAAGAUCACUGAGCAACCUGGAUGCUGCUUGCCUGUAAUAGAAGCAGAAAGCACCAAAAACUUUCAAUACAGUGUGCAGAUGGAAAAACCUUUCACAGAAGGGAAUCUUUCUGGUUUUAUAAAUUAUCAAGUGAUGGAUACUCAUUCUGUUCAGCUUGAAUUUUCAGUAAACUUAUCACUAUUAGAUUUCAUUAGGCCAUUAAAAAUCUCGACUGAAGACUUUGGUAAACUCUGGUUAUCCUUCGCAAAUGAUGUGAAACAAAAUGUAAAGAUGUCAGAAUCACAAGCUGCUCUGCCUUCUACCUUAAAGGCCCUGCAACAGGAACUAAGACUUCAUGUUGUUGACAUUAUAGGCAAUGAAGGGCUGUUGGCCUGUCAGCUGCUCCCAUCCAGCCCCUGCUUGCUGCAUUUCCGAGUUCAUGGUGACAUGUUAGCCCUGUGGUUCAGAUCCUCCUGCUCUACUCUUCCUGAUUAUUUACUAUAUCAGUGUCAAAAGGUGAUGGAAGGAUCCUAGCAGAAGCUCUGCUUAUAUUUUACUCCAUCAAAAUAAAUGGUUUACAUAGAUAAACUUAUUUACCAAAGUAAAAAGGACUCAUGGUACUUCUAAUGAAAAUGGGGAUUAUUAUAA